AUGGCCACCACUAUCUCGCACGAUCUUGCCUGGGAGGUUACCAAGGGACGCAGCUCCACGCUCGUCAAGAGGGCGAACGGUGUCCAGUUCUCGCGCGAUCCUCUUAACCUGAGGAACGUCUACAGCCGCAAGAACGAGGGCUCCAUUGCCAACAAGGCUAUCGGUGUUAUUCCCGGCCCCGAGGGUGGUGUCACUCUUCUCAUCAAGAAGGCCGACAAGCACCACCAGCCCGCAUCUGCCAUCCAGACCACCACCUUCGGCCCCAGCAGGUCCACCCGCAAGACAUACUCCGCCAUCGUCAACUCCACCACCAAGCGCAACUACCGCCCCGACCUCCGCCAGGACGCCGUCGCUAAGGCCUCCGCCAUCCGCAAGAGCCAGAGGCCCGUCAAGGAGUCCAAGCCCACCAAGGCCAGGGGUGCCAAGGCUCAGGCCGCUGCCACCGAGGCAUAG